GUUACAGUAACGAAGCCGCAAUCGAGCUGUGCUGGAGCUCGUCGAACCCAUCCAUUGAUCCCUCAGAACAUCAGCACCACAAACUGCUUAGGCACCCCCAUCUAUCAGUUUCCCCAUCCCCCAAACCUCCAAUUCGCGAAGAUCGAAACCUUCCCGCCAUUGGACCACUUGCGACACACCCUUUGUGUGUGCUCCCUCGUAUUGGCACCUUCCACCGACAGGUAUUCCCGCCUGCGCACCGGUUCCCACAGAGCAAUCAACCGAGUCUGUGCCAACACCUUUGCACAUUUUAUCCUUCACCGUUGCGAGGGUUCCUAUACUCGCACUGACGCUCCUCUCUGAUUGUCGCUGUGAUUUCCUACCUGACCAUCAAAACAAGACUCUCUUCGCUUCGAGCUUCUCCGACACCCGUCGCGGUACCAAAGGAAGGCCCCCGCCGGGCUCCCUUGCUCGUGUCUUGACCUUGACCACAAAGUCACCUACAUGCGCCGAUCAAUGUCACAGUCGCUUGCACCGCGCUCGGAAUGCUAUUACGACUACCCAAGAAUCUCCACUACCCUCUCACAAUCACAAAAGUCGAGAAGCGGGUCGGCGAGAGUGUUGCCCGCAAUGAUGACCUAUUUCUCUACUCAUACACCACCAAAGUAAAAGAAGGCAGUCGUUACGAUGAGGAAGAAAAAGAAGUGAACCGGAAGUUUGUUACCCACUUCCCUAGCACCCUCGAAGGUACAAUCAAGGCUUGGAGGGUGUGGGAAGGGGAUGUCCUGACCCAUCCUGUCGAUGUCUGUGAAAUCGAAGAGGAGUGCCCACACACGGUGCAGUUCCUCGGUAUGUGCACUAACUGUGGAAAAGACAUGACUACUGUCCAAGCAGGAAGUGAAACCACCGAUGCAGACCGCGCUCCUAUCCGCAUGGCCCACGACACGCCUCACCUCACUAUUAGUAAGGAAGAAGCAAGUCGGAUAGACGAAGAGGCGAAACGUCGUCUGCUCUCAUCGCGCAAACUCUCGCUGGUGGUCGACCUCGAUCAAACCAUUAUUCAUGCUGCUGUAGACCCCACGAUAGCGGAAUGGCAAAAAGACAAGGACAAUCCCAAUUACGAAGCGGUUAAAGAUGUCCGCGCUUUUCAAUUGAUUGAUGACGGUCCAGGCAUGAGAGGUUGCUGGUAUUACAUCAAACUUCGACCUGGACUCGCCGAGUUCCUGGAUCAUAUAUCCCAACUCUACGAAUUGCACAUUUACACCAUGGGAACACGUCAAUAUGCUCAACAGAUUGCCAACAUUGUCGACCCGGAUCGGAAAUACUUUGGUGACCGCAUCCUCAGUCGAGACGAAAGUGGUAGUAUGAUCGCCAAGAACUUGGAGAGACUGUUCCCUGUGGAUACUAAAAUGGUGGUCAUCAUCGACGACAGGGGCGAUGUCUGGAAAUGGAGUGCCAACUUGAUCCGUGUCACCCCCUUUGACUUUUUUGUUGGCAUUGGCGAUAUCAAUUCAAGUUUCUUACCAAAGAAGCAGGAAAUCCAAACAACGCCAAAACCGGAGCCCAGCAAACUGGCCGAAGAUAGCACAGAGAACGGCGAGAACGGCGAGAAUGGCGAAAGCGGCGAACAGGAAUCCAAUGGUCUUGCCGAGGACGGGACCUCUACCAUACAAAACGGCACUUCGGCACUCGAACAGCUGAUGGCUAUGAGUGGCGGUGACGAUCCCGCAGUACGAGAACUGCAGACGAAAGGCCAAGAAGAAAUCAUUGCGUUGCAAUUAGAAGGCAAACCCCUUCUCAAGAUGCAACUUCAGCAGGACGAAAAAGACGAAGCUGAAGCAGCUGCUAAUGGUGAAAUAGUCGCGUCGCAAUCCACUGAAUCUGACUCGAGCGACUCCUCGGACUCCUCCGAGUCCAACUCUGCGGGUCCAGCAAAACAGAAAGCGCGCCACAGCAUCCUAAAAAAUGAUGAUGAAGAGCUGAUUCACCUCGAGGCCACUCUGACCACUGUACAUGCCGCAUUCUUUGCCGAGUAUGACCGAAAGCGAAUGGGAGGCAAGGGCGGUCGAGUCGCAGAACUGACUGGCAAGCGUAAGGCGCCUUUGCCUUCUCAGGAUGAGGGCGACGGGCUGUCCGUGGAACUGAUGUUUGUACCUGAUAUCAAGAGGGUGAUGCCCGCCAUGAAGUUGAGGGUUUUGUCGGGUGUCAGAAUUGUGUUUAGUGGCGUGCUACCACUAGGCACCGACAUACAAAAUGCCGAUAUCAGUACUUGGGCCAAGACCUUUGGCGCUUCCAUCACAGAUAAGGUCACCAGAGACGUCACUCAUGUCAUUGCGGCGCGACCAGGUACCGCAAAAGUCAAGCAAGCGGUCAAACGUGGCAUAAAGGUCGUCAGUACGUCUUGGUUGAUCGAAUCUAUGCAACGAUGGCGCAAGUUGGACGAAAGACCAUACCUACUCGAAGGCGUCGGGAGGCAGAAGCAGGAAACGUCCAGUGAGCUCGGUGACCCCCUGGAGAAGUCGAGCGCUCCGCCCAACGAUCUGCUUCUUAGUUCAUCCGAAGGAGAGACAACCGGGAUAGACACUGAAGAUGACCAGCCCGCGCGGAAGAGGCUGAAGUUGGAUACCAUUAAAGAUGCCAAUACUUCGGCAGAAGCAUUCGAGGACUUGGUUGAUGAUGGCAGCCCAAUCACCAUCAAUCAAGACGAGUGGGCGGAUAUCGAGGCAGAGCUGAAAGAGUUCAUGGGUAGCGACGCUGAGAGCGAGAGCGACACGGACUCAGUCAGCUCCGCGUUGAGCUUGCGGGAACGGCGCGGAGCCAAAAGAAGAAGGGGAGAAGACGGGGAUAAAGAUACGCCGGCUGGCGGCCUGGACACACCGUCGACAGCCCAGAGGAACGGUACGGGGAGUGCUCUUAGGAGGGUGGCCAAUAUCGAUAGCGAAGUCGAGUCAGAAGCCACAGCAGAGGAACAAAUCAGCCAGGAACAACGGGAGGUGGAAGAGGCGCAGGAACGUGAAGAAGAGGAAGAAGAAGAUUCAGAUGACGAAUUAGCGCGCGAGUUGGAGCGCGAGUUGGAAGAGGCCGAUGCUGAGGAAGAAAAGAGGCGAGAAACGGACUGAACGAUCCCAUCUGAUGUCUCGAUGAAAAGAGCAUCUGGCUUCCAUGUGUGGCUACUUUGGUUGCGAUUUAUGUUUUGACGACCCCAUAGCGCGGCGUCUGGAAGUGCAAAUGGAUAUGGGCAUGAGCAUGAACAUUAGCACGAGAAUCAGCAUCAGCAUCAGCAUGACUUGUAUGGCACACAAGUCAGAGUAAGGGAGUCGAGUACACCAGGAUAGCAUGGGAGCUGCUGCAUGCCAUGGAUGCGGCACAGCUGAGAAGGCUCUCUGACAACGGAGUGAUAGGGGAAAGACAACAGAUAAGAAACAAGAGUAUAGUUGCCCGAAUGGGCCCAAUGUCUCAUUGUCCUC